AUGGCCUCCCAGAUCAUGGAUAUCGGCUCCGAACAACAGCAACCAGAAGAACCCAUCAGCAUCCCUGACCACUUCGAUGGAGUAGCAUAUCUCUACGGCCAUCCUCUGCUCAACUCUCUAUCCCCACCUCUCCAUCACACAGUUUACCAAUGCCUCAAUCUGAACUGGACCCAGAUCCCCCUCUCCAGCGUCUACGGGACAUCAGACUCCUACCCUCCGCCAUACACCCGCUCACCCCCGAUCCACAAAUUCCUCGCGUCCAUCAAGUCCAAUCCCAAGUUCGUCGGCUCCUCGGUGACCAUGCCUUGGAAAGUCACCAUCAUGCCGCACCUCGACGACCUCACCGAGGACGCCCGCCAAGCCGGCGCCUGCAACACCAUCUUCCUCCGCCCUGAAGCAGACGGCUCCACCUCCUACGUCGGCACAAACACAGACUGCAUCGGCAUCCGCGAGGCUCUCCUCCAAAAUUCCAGUGGCCAGGAGGCCUUUCGCAACAAGCCCGCCCUCAUCGUCGGCGGAGGCGGCACCGCCCGCACAGCCAUCUACGUGAUGCGCAGGUGGCUUCGCUCCAGCACAAUCUACAUCGUCAACCGUGACCCCGCCGAAGUAGCUGCCAUCCUGGAAGAAGACAACCAGCGCAACCCCUGCCCGAACAAGGCGGCGCUCGUCCAUGUGACUGAUCCCGCGGUGGCGGCUCGUCUCGAGCCUCCCGCAGUCAUUGUCUCGGGGAUUCCCAAUUACCCUCCCAAGACGCCGGGCGAGAUCCAAGCUAGGGAAGUGCUGCGGGCGUUUCUAGGCCAGGCCCCUGCGUCGACGUCUGACUUCAAAGGCGUGAUUCUGGAGAUGUGCUAUCACCCUGUGCCGUGGACGGGGAUUGCCCAGCUUGCUUCGACGGCGGGGUGGAAGGUGAUUCUUGGUUCGGAGGCGUUGAUCUGGCAGGGAUUGGAGCAGGCAAGGCUGUGGACGGGUAGGGACGUGGUUGCCGAGCCUGGGCUGGUGGAUAAGGUCAAGGAGGUGUUGGGCAAGUUGAUUACUGAACGGGUGCCGUCAAAGUCAAAUCUAUAG